AUGCUGCUGCGCUGUGCACUGCGCUUCGUCCUUGCGUCGUCAGCUGCAGUUUACGCCACUGCACAGACCGCUUUCGCCACCAUCGACGAUAAGAUCCAGGCCGACCCGACCAAAGCCUUCAAUGGGACAUGGCACGACGACUCGCAGUUUCCACAGGCUCCCCCCAUCUCUUUUACGCUCGUUUUCAACGGCACAGGGAUAGACGUCUUCUUCAUCCUCGCAAAUACCGUCCCUUUCCCCAACACCAUCACCAACACCAAUCUCAUCUUUACGCUCGACGGUCUCCCGAGCGGGACCUUCUCGCACAGUCCGAGUCUGUCCACGGAUUUCCAAUACAACGUGUCGGUGUACAGCGUCUCAGGGCUCCCGCAGGCCACGCAUCAGCUGGUCGUGGCGUCGAACAAUCAGACUGCAGGGUCUCUGAUGCUGUUUGACUACGCCCGCUACACGUACGACGUCGACGCGAGCGCUGCACCGAAUUCGUCCCAGCAGACGGCCUCCGCGAAGUCGAAGCCCCGCCAGAGCAGUGCGAUUGCAGCCGGGAUAUCAGUCCCCGUGCUCGUCCUCGCGGUCGGCGGGGGAUGUAUUUAUAGCUACCUGGCCCGCAAAAGGCGGAGCGGAGGCAGCCCCGCCUGGUCCAGUAGGCUCGGGAGAAGCCGCGACGAAGUGGGGAACACGACUGUGACAGAUGAGGAAUCAAUGAUCCAGGGCCACGGCUCUGCGCCGCUCUCCCUCCCUGGCGGGAUGUCUGAUGAGAUCCGUCAGCAGCACCAGCAAGACGGGUCCGAUACGAUCUCGAUCCCACCACCCGCUUAUGAGGGCCACGAAGCCGCGAAUCGAGAGCGGCUGGAUAGUCCUAGGGCUGUCGGUCGAGCCUACGAGCCUCGGAGGCAGCUCCCCAGAAUUCCGUCCUGAUAGGCGGAAGCUCGACAGCUGCGGCGUGGUUCUUGGCGCUCAGGUCGGUCGAUCUCGCUGUGUCCUAAUGGCGUGGACCUCUCUCUCCAUUCCGUAGACGUAAAAUUCUGUCCGCCGACCUUGUCCUCAAUUGUAACGAAUCAGUCUAUGCCUGUCUCUUAUUACACUAUGUAUUCAACUCUUUGGCCAUCGGGCUCGCAGUUCUUUGAACAAAUGUAUCAAAUAAUAUCAACAAGAUAAAAUCUUG